AUGCUCAUCGGCAAGAUGCUCAAACUGAGUCAACAACUCAACAAGCUCUCCAAACCCAUCCUCGUCUACCUCGCCGCCCUCCAAGACGUGCCCGUCAACCCCAUCCACAUCGCCACUGCUGCUGCCGCCACUACGACGACGACGACCACGUCGUAUUAUGUUGCGAGUACUUGCACCGAGAGUCCGACGGCGGUUUGUCACUAUCAUCAGAUUCCCCAGUACCACCCAGGAGGAGGAGGGGGAGGGGGAGGGGGAGGAACGUGGCCGACGCCUUUUCCUUUGGUAUACUCGCCAUCGACGGCGUCGUCGUUGUCGUCUGUGAUGGGAUGGGAAGUUUGGUUGUGGUGGUCUGUGGGGUUUUGGAGAGGUGAGAUGGAAGGUGCGGAGGAAAAUGUCCCGCUGAGCAUCAUUAGGAGCCUGGUGGCCUGA